CGGUGGCUGGAGAGAGUCAGUAGGGAGCGGAGCGAAGCGAAGCGUAUGUCCCUCCGUUCUCCUGCGAUCCUGGGGUGGUCAUGGCCGCGGGCCCUCCGCCUCCGCUGGAUCCCAGCCGCCCGCCCUUCAUCGAAGGCUUCCAGCCGAACGCCUUCCAGCUCCGCGAGGAGGGCUUCGCGGAGAAGUUCGCGCGCAAGACUCGCGAGAACCCGCUCGUGCCCAUCGGCUGCCUCGGUACUGCAGGAGUUUUGACCUAUGGGCUCAUCUGCUUUAAGAGAGGCAACACCCACCAGUCCCAGAUGAUGAUGAGGGCUCGCAUUCUAGCUCAGGGCUUCACGGUUGCAGCCUUGAUCGUGGGUGUAGUUGUUACAGCGCUGAAACCAAAGAAGUGAACACACUGCUGGUACACAGCAACAUGUGACUGUUCCACCGCCAUGUAGAAUAGGAAUGAGUCUUUCAGUCCCAGAGAGGGCACUUGUCACAUCUUUCACGAUGAUGUCUUGUGAUAUCUUUGGGGUGACCAUCUGGUGUGAGAAGGUUCUGGAUUUUUUAUAUCACUGCUAAUAUAGUCAAAUGAUUCAACCUUA